AUGCAUAUAAGCAAUAUUCUUAUAUCAUUAUUAGUUGCUCUUUUCAGUUUCGUUUCCGUAACAUACGGUAAGAGUUGUCAUGAGAUCAAAAUUGACUAUAUUAUUUUAAUUGCAGGAAUUUCAUGUGGCAAUCCAAGUCAAUAUAGUGGCAAAAGUCUUUGUGAUCAUUUAGGUAAAUUAGUUUUUCCAUUACUCAUUAUAUGUAAUUAUCUUUUAUUUUUAGGUGGCUAUUGUGGUGAAUGUGUAAGUUUUAUUAAAAUUUGCACUGGUGAUCGACGUACGACAAGUCAAUGGGGAAAAGGAAUAAAAGUUCGUGGAGCAAAUAUUGCAUCUGGUACAGCCAUUGCAACAUUUCCCAAUGGUAAAUAUUCAGGCCAUGCUGCUAUCUAUAUGAGUCAAGACAGUAAUGGUAUUCGAGUUUGGGAUCAAUGGGUUGGUCAUCCUAUUUCACAACGAACUAUUCGUUGGAAUGGUAGUGGAAUUUCAAAUAAUGGCGAUAGUUUCUAUGCCACAACAACUCAAAUAAAACGUCCAGCACUUGGCGGUGGUGCCAAAAAGCGACCAACAGGAUCUCGACCCGAGUUAACCGAAGAACAAAAAACAGAAAUUCGUGAAGCUUUUGAUCUAUUUGAUGCUGAUGGUUCAGGAACAAUUGAUGUUAAAGAACUUAAAGUAGCAAUGCGAGCAUUAGGUUUCGAACCAAAAAAAGAAGAAAUUAAAAAAAUGAUAUCUGACAUUCAAAAAGAAAAUGCUGGUACAAUCGAUUUUAAUGAUUUUCUUCAGUUGAUGUCACAAAAAAUGGCUGAAAAAGAUUCAAAAGAAGAAAUACUUAAAGCUUUUCGACUUUUUGAUGAUGAUAGUACAGGAAAAAUUUCAUUUAAAAAUUUAAAACGUGUUGCAAAAGAAUUAGGUGAAAAUUUAACUGAUGAAGAAUUACAAGAAAUGAUUGACGAAGCAGAUCGUGAUGGUGAUGGUGAAAUUAAUGAACAAGAAUUUUUACGAAUUAUGAAAAAAACAUCAUUAUAUUAA